AUGAAUCUGUCAAGAAUAUUUCGUCCAUCAUCCUUCUCCUUCCGCCUCACCGCCAUCUCCUUCAUUGCCACCCUCUCUUGUCUCGUCUGCUACGAAACCAUCCAACAAUGGCAGAUCGAGAAGAGCUCCCGAGAUGUCUCCAGAGGUCUACAAGAGCAGUUUCCCUCUGGGUUCCAGCCUGUUCUGGAAAGUGGCUUGAGCGAGGAUUCUUCUUCAAAGUCGUCUGGGCUGGAAUCCACCAAGGGUGGGAUGUUUCCCCCUGGAAAGAGCCUUCAGCAGAUGCUGAGAGCCUCUGGAGUUGGUGAGGGGGACCUAGAGCCACCUGAAGAAGAGGGUAAGGGGGAGGGAGAAGAGGGGGAGAUGGUGCAGGAAUCCAGCCGCAAUGGAGCGUUUGCCCCCGCAAGCAGCCAUCAGCAGAUGCUAAGAGCUUCUACAGAUCGUGAGGGUGCCCUAGACCUACCCCAAGAAGAGGAGGAGAAGGUGUUGGAGGAAGAGGAGGAGGAAGUGUUGGAGGAAGAGGUGGAGGAGGAGGUGUUGGAGGAAGAAGAGGAAGUGGAGGAGGAAGGAGACCCUGUUGCCCAACGGCUGAGAACGCGCAGGGAGACCGUCUUUGAAGCAUGCAAGAGCAAAGGUUUCCAGGACUGCCAUGCCCAAAGCGCCCUCACCCAUCGCAUGUACUUCUUUCACCAGUAUAACACAUCCGUCUGUACUGUGGCCAAGGUCACAUCAUCAACAUGGAGGGCACACCUAAGGCGAGUGAACAAGGGGCCGCCAUUCAAUGUAUCCAUUGACCAGGACGACACUAGGAAGGCAUUUUUGGAGAGGCCCUUUGGAGUUGUCGUGAAAGAUGUCAGGUCAUCUUCCAAGAUAAUAACAGUGAGGCACCCGCUGACUCGCUUGGUAUCAGCCUUUCGUAACAAGUACAAUGAUGGGAAGCCUAUGCGCCCACACAGACCUCUUUACGAAAAGAAGCUACGCAAGAGGAUAGCUGGUAGCGCCUGGCAUGAGAGGUUCCAUCAGUUCUGGCUCCCUGCCCUCUUUGCCAACAGUUUGGUGGCCCCCAACACCCAUCUCAAAAUUGGCAUGAAAGACCCAAUUGACCCCAGAAUUUUAUACUCAGUGGAGGAAUAUGAGCGCUUGUACAGAGUCCUCAAACCGAAGAUCACCUUCGUCCAAUUCUUGAAAUUCGUCUUGAAAACAUACCAGGAACAAAAGCCUGAUGCUCAUUGGAGGCCUUAUUAUGAUAACUGUUGCCCCUGCUAUUUCAAUUACGACUACAUUACGAAAGUCGAGACGUUGUCAGAGGACCUGGAACACAUCUUCAAGAAAAUUGGUAUCCCAGCAAACCCUGACACUUCCAAGAAUCAGGAGAGAGAGAGCGUCGAUUACACGUACUCAGAUUACGAAUACUAUCGAAAUGUUCCCCUGACCCUGAAGAGAGAGAUUUACAAGUACCUCAAGCGUGACAUGGAUCUCUUUGGAUAUAAUCUUCCAAAAAUCUUCAUGGUGUAAAAUGGUUUAUGUAAAAAUUAGAGUAUACCUUCCAAGUUCUGUAAGUGCAAUUGUUUUACAUGUAUAAAAUUUCAUAGCAAUUGUUGAGAUUGAGAAGAUUGUUAGGAAGCUUUCAUUUAAGUUCAUUUUGCCACUAAUUGCCAUAUACUAGUAC